ACAAGUUUUAAAAGCAAUUUGGAGCCGGAUUCUUUCAAUGAAAAUCAUAGUGCAAUUCGGAUAUGGUGCAAUGAAACUGAAUGGUUUAUAAGAGAUUUGAAACAAUUAUUACAAUUAGAACACCACCGGCCCUUACAAUCGUCCAAGAGCAGUUAGAAUGUGGAUUGAGCGCUUCGGAUUUAUCAAAAGAAGUACUUAAUGAGUUAGUGUUCUAUUCUCGAGAUUGCAGUUAUAUCUUGAGUUUGCUUGUUGAAAUAUCUCCUUCAAUAAGUAUCAUGUGUUGCGAAAAAAAUAUGGAAUAUGCGAUUAGUAACUUUUACGAUAACGUUCUUGUAGCUCUUUAUGAAUGUGUUCAGCAAUUGAAUGCUGAUUCGAAUUAUUUGGCGCUACUCAACGAUGCCAGAAUUGAUAUACUGCAAGCAUUUCGGUCUAUAAUGUGUCUUAGAUUAAAAGAAAUACUACAAAAUCCUGCAAAACGUUUAGUUUCGGCAGAUAAAAUUAUAUGCAUACUUACGGAAUGUUUGUCCAACAGUAUGUUCGUGAAUGAUUACAAGAAUCAGUAUCAAAUCGAUGUAGAUUUAGAAAUAGUUAAGCAGGCGUACGAUUCCAUCGAUGAAUUUAAAUUUGACUAUAUUCAGCUAGCAUAUACGACGUCUGACGGACCUAGAAAACAGACUUCGUUUGGAUUUGUUAAGGAGGAUGAUUUAUCGCUUAAUUUGGAUAACAUUGACAUAAAAGAUGAAGAGAGAGGAAAUAUUCAACAAAUUGAGAAAAACGUGGAUUCUGUGUUGGAUAUUUUGCCCCAUUUAAGUCCUGAUUAUGUACGAGAAGUUGUUAGUCGUUGCAACAACUUAGAACAGAUAGUUAUUGAUUUACUUGAAAGCAAUCCUACAAGUAAUGCAGAUCAAAUUAGCGUUCCAUUAGACCCACUCGAUGAGUUUUUCGUGCAAACAGGCAUCGAUAGGCUUAAUAUCUACGAUGGCGAUGAGUUUGAUGUAAUGGUUAACAGCAGUGUUACGGGAAUUAUAAAAAAAGGUAAGGGCAUGCCUGGUGAACCAAAAACCUUAAACGAGUUGCUGGAUGACAAAAGUCAUGUAAACCAAAUGCGUCAUUUGUAUCAGCGUUUCGAUCAUAUAUCCGAGCACGAAGAUGCUGCUUUUAAUGAGGAUAUGGUUGAAAGAGAAUCACGUCCUGUAACGGUGUAUAGGGAAAUCAAAAAUAUUGUUGUAAACGAUAUGGAUAACGAAAGUGAAGUUGAUGAUCAGUACAGUGAUACUGAAAUUGAUUCGAAAAAACCAGCUCCACUGACGUUCUGUUUAAAUCCGGAAGUUGCUCGAAAAAGAUAUGAAGAAAAACUUAAUUCAAAAAUGGUUAGGCGUCACGGCACAUCUCAAGCACACCAAGGUGAAAAUGAAGUCCGUGGAAACCCGGAAAAACAAGGUCAAAAUUCAACAGUACUUCAGAACAGGAAAACCAAAAAUAAAAAUAAAGCAUCACGGGCCAAUCACAACAGAAAGCAAGCUGCUAAUUAUAAACGAAGCCGUGGCAUGAUGCCAUCGUAAAAUGUCAUUUGUAGGCCUCCCUGAUCGAGAUAUAUCUUUAAAAUUAAACAUGCCUGAACGGAAUCGACUAAACCGAAAUUACACCCAACUAGCUGUUGCAGUAUUAGAAGUAUCUUAAACAUCAUUCACCAUUUUUCGGCUUGCAUUUUCGCAAGUAAAAAAA